AUUAGCACUGGGGUAGGCACUGGGCGAAACGAGAGCAUCAAUCGGCAAAAAAGGCGAGAAAAAACCUCAGGAAUCCUUGAAUCCCCGUCGCAGAGCGCGACACCGUCCGCCCGUAUUUUUUGAUCGCCGGACGGACAUGCAAUUUACAGACUGGGGUGUUGUGUGAGUGACCCCUCGUUACCAUGACGACCCACGUAACCCUGGAGGAUGCGCUGUCCAAUGUGGACCUGCUGGAAGAGCUGCCGCUCCCAGACCAGCAGCCAUGCAUCGAACCCCCUCCCUCCUCCAUCAUGUACCAGGCUAAUUUUGACACCAACUUUGAAGACAGGAAUGCAUUUGUGACUGGCAUUGCACGCUAUAUAGAGCAAGCUACAGUCCACUCCAGCAUGAAUGAAAUGUUGGAGGAGGGACACGAGUAUGCUGUAAUGCUUUACACAUGGAGAAGCUGCUCUAGAGCCAUCCCCCAGGUGAAAUGCAAUGAGCAGCCCAACAGAGUGGAGAUCUACGAGAAAACAGUGGAGGUGCUGGAGCCUGAAGUGACCAAACUCAUGAAGUUUAUGUACUUCCAGCGGAAAGCCAUAGAGCGUUUCUGCAGUGAGGUGAAGCGUCUGUGCCAUGCCGAGAGAAGAAAAGACUUUGUGUCUGAGGCCUAUCUACUCACCCUGGGCAAGUUUAUCAACAUGUUUGCUGUGCUGGACGAGUUGAAGAACAUGAAGUGUAGCGUCAAGAAUGAUCACUCUGCCUACAAAAGGGCAGCCCAGUUCCUGAGGAAGAUGGCCGACCCUCAGUCCAUCCAGGAGUCCCAGAAUCUCUCCAUGUUUUUAGCCAACCACAACAGGAUCACUCAGUGCCUGCACCAACAGCUGGAGGUGAUUCCUGGCUAUGAGGAACUUCUGGCAGACAUUGUCAACAUCAGCGUAGAUUAUUAUGAGAACAAGAUGUAUUUGACACCCAGCGAGAAACACAUGCUGCUCAAGGUGAUGGGCUUUGGUCUAUACCUGAUGGAUGGGAAUGUGAGUAACAUCUACAAACUGGACGCCAAAAAGAGGAUCAAUUUGAGCAAGAUUGACAAGUUCUUCAAACUCCAAGUGGUGCCGCUGUUUGGAGAUAUGCAGAUAGAGCUGUCACGCUACAUUGAGACCAGUGCUCACUAUGAAGAAAACAAGUCCAAGUGGACGUGCACCCAGAGCAGCAUCUCACCACAGUACAACCUUUGUGAGCAGAUGGUGCAAAUCAGGGAGGACCACAUCCGUUUCAUCUCAGAGCUGGCGCGCUACAGCAACAGUGAAGUGGUGACAGGCUCCGGCCUGGACAGCCAGAAGUCAGAUGAGGAGUACAGAGAGCUGUUCGACCUGGCACUGAGGGGUCUGCAGCUGCUCUCCAAGUGGAGCACACACGUCAUGGAGGUGUACUCCUGGAAGCUUGUCCACCCCACAGAUAAGUUCUGUAACAAAGACUGUCCAGGCACGGCAGAGGAGUAUGAGCGGGCCACGCGUUACAACUAUACCAGUGAGGAGAAAUUUGCCCUGGUGGAGGUCAUUGCCAUGAUCAAAGGGCUACAGGUUCUGAUGGGCCGAAUGGAGUCGGUGUUUAACCAGGCCAUCAGGAACACCAUCUAUGCAGCGCUGCAGGACUUUGCCCAGAUGACCCUUAGAGAACCUCUGCGCCAAGCUGUUCGCAAGAAGAAGAACGUCCUCAUCAGCGUGCUCCAGGCCAUCCGUAAAACCAUCUGUGACUGGGAGGGGGCGAGGGAACCUCCCAAUGACCCCUGCCUGAGGGGGGAGAAAGACCCUAAAGGAGGCUUUGACAUCAAGGUGCCUCGCAGAGCUGUAGGACCCUCCAGUACACAGCUGUACAUGGUGCGUACCAUGCUGGAGUCUCUAAUAGCAGAUAAGAGUGGCUCUAAGAAGACUCUGCGCAGCAGUUUGGAUGGACCCAUCGUGCUGGCCAUAGAAGACUUCCACAAACAGUCCUUCUUCUUCACACAUCUGCUCAACUUUAGCGAGGCCCUACAACAGUGCUGUGAUCUAUCCCAACUGUGGUUCAGAGAGUUCUUCCUGGAGUUGACCAUGGGCCGCAGAAUCCAGUUCCCCAUCGAGAUGUCCAUGCCCUGGAUCCUCACCGACCACAUCCUGGAGACCAAGGAACCCUCCAUGAUGGAAUAUGUGCUAUAUCCUCUAGACUUGUACAAUGAUAGUGGAUACUACGCUCUCACAAAGUUCAAGAAACAGUUCCUUUAUGAUGAAAUUGAAGCUGAGGUAAACCUCUGCUUCGAUCAGUUUGUCUACAAGUUAGCUGAUCAGAUAUUUGCCUACUACAAAGCAAUGGCUGGAAGUGUCCUCCUAGACAAGCGUUUCAGAGCAGAGUGUAAAAACUAUGGUGUGAUCAUUCCAUACCCCCCAUCAAACCGCUACGAGACCCUGCUGAAACAGAGACACGUACAGCUGCUGGGGCGCUCUAUUGACCUGAACCGCCUGAUCACCCAGAGGAUCUCCGCAGCCAUGUACAAAUCUCUGGACCAGGCCAUCAGUCGCUUUGAGAGCGAGGAUCUCACUUCCAUAGUGGAGUUGGAGUGGCUGCUGGAGAUCAACAGACUAACCCACCGGCUGCUGUCUAAGCACAUGACACUGGACAGCUUCGAUGCCAUGUUCCGUGAGGCCAACCACAACGUCUCUGCUCCCUACGGACGCAUCACUCUCCAUGUCUUCUGGGAACUCAACUUUGACUUCCUCCCCAAUUACUGCUACAAUGGGUCCACAAACCGCUUUGUACGCACAGCCAUCCCCUUCACCCAGGAGCCUCAAAGAGACAAGCCAGCCAACGUGCAGCCUUACUACCUGUAUGGGUCCAAGCCACUGAACAUUGCGUACUCCCACAUAUAUAGCUCAUACAGGAACUUUGUUGGCCCACCUCACUUCAAGACCAUCUGCCGUCUCCUUGGUUACCAAGGCAUUGCUGUAGUAAUGGAAGAGCUGCUUAAGAUUGUCAAGAGCCUGUUACAGGGAACCAUCCUGCAGUAUGUAAAAACACUGAUAGAGGUCAUGCCCAAAAUCUGCCGCCUGCCACGCCAUGAAUAUGGCUCUCCAGGUAUCCUGGAGUUCUUCCACCAUCAGCUUAAGGACAUCAUUGAGUAUGCUGAGCUGAAGACAGAUGUCUUCCAGAGCUUAAGGGAGGUGGGCAACGCCAUCCUCUUCUGCCUGCUCAUUGAGCAAGCCCUGUCCCAGGAGGAAGUGUGUGACUUGCUUCAUGCAGCCCCUUUCCAGAACAUUCUGCCCAGAGUCUACAUAAAAGAGGGAGAGCGUCUGGAGGUGAGGAUGAAAAGGCUGGAAGCAAAAUAUGCCCCUCUCCACCUUGUGCCUCUUAUCGAGAGGUUGGGAACCCCACAGCAAAUUGCCAUUGCACGUGAGGGAGACCUGCUGACCAAAGAGCGUCUGUGCUGCGGCCUUUCAAUGUUCGAGGUCAUCCUGACACGCAUCCGCAGCUUCCUGCAGGAUGGGGUGUGGCGCGGGCCUCCACCCACCAAUGGAGUAAUGCAUGUUGAUGAGUGUAUGGAGUUUCAUCGCCUGUGGAGUGCCAUGCAGUUUGUCUACUGUAUCCCUGUGGGCACACAUGAGUUCACAGCAGAGCAGUGCUUUGGGGACGGACUGAACUGGGCCGGCUGCUCCAUCAUCGUGCUGUUGGGACAACAGCGCCGCUUUGACCUCUUUGACUUCUGCUACCACCUGCUCAAAGUCCAAAGACAGGACGGCAAAGAUGAAAUCAUCAAAAAUGUGCCCCUGAAGAAGAUGGCGGACCGCAUCAGGAAGUACCAGAUCCUGAACAACGAAAUAUUUGCCAUCCUCAACAAGUACAUGAAGGCUGUGGAGACGGACAGUUCCACUGUGGAGCAUGUUCGCUGCUUCCAGCCUCCUAUACACCAGUCUCUGGCUACCACCUGUUGAGAAAAACCCUCACACCUAAUAAACACACUCCCACACGCACACACACAUACACAUGCACACACAAACACACACACACACACACACACACACACACUCCCCAUAGCUGUGAUACUAAUUCUGCCUCUUGCUGGUCUGAAAGUUCUAAAUUUGCCAAGAUGGCAUAUUGCUGUUCUCCAUAUUGGCUACAUGGAUGCAAAGACAAAUGAAGUCAAACUGUUAUCUUGUCUGAGAUGUGGUUGUCUGGGAAUCCCUGAAGCCUUGAUUCCUGCUGAAUUCUACACCUCAGAAAAAAAGUAAGCCCAGCUUUGUGUAUGUGAGGCUCUGAUUACCUCCCACCAAAAUCCCUAGAAGUCCAUAAAGUGGAUCAGACCAGAGGUGGAAGUGUAACAUUCACACCUUUUCUUUUUUUACUUUACUACCUGUGUGGCGCUCACUCACACCUGUGCAUGCCUUCUUUUAUUCCUUCAGCUGUACACCUGUGGAUUGGACCAGUGACACAAAUUCCAAGAGAAUAGUUAUUACACUGUAAUCUGUAUCCCUGUUUUGUUCCCACUUGUUCAGCGUCACAGCCUCCCAAAAAACACCCAUUGACGAAUUGUAGUUAACAGCUGAGACGCCAGUAAUCCUAACAAGGAGUAAACAAAACAACGAAUCCCUAAAUAACACAACAAAUGACUAAUUUUAUAAGUUACAUAAAGAGAUUUUAAGUGCAACACGGUGCUCUAACAAGUGCUACUGCGACUGCUAAUAGUACUACUGCGGGCACCGUUACUGUUGUAUUAUGACCCAGACCUGUUUUAUAUCAUGGUACAUUUCAAGCUCUUCAUGUGUGUGCAUAUUAAUCUGGUCUGGCCAUGUUCAUGAUACAUUAGGUGUUUCUAAUGAUACAUUUGAAGACUUCUUACAGUAUAUCCUGCUUUCAAAGGAAUGACGAUCCAUCACUCUUUUGCUUUGCUUUUAUUUAUUUUACCCUCAUCUGGUUUUCUUGCCUCCCAGCACAUUUUAUUCGGCACCACUUCCACUGUAAAUUUCACUGUUGAACUAAGUGAAGUGUUGAUUGUUGUAAUUGUUCUUGUUUUAAUUAUUAAUAAUUUAAUUUACAUCCUUGGUAUACUUGCCUCUAUUACUGACCGGAAACCUCAUAAACUUUUUUUUUUCUUUCUCUCUUAAUUUCUUUCUUUAUUUCUUUCUUUUUGUCUGUUUGUUGAAAAGUUUUUAUAUUCUGUACAUGAAUACAGUGCUAUUGUUUACCAUUUUGACAAGACACAUCUUCAUCUGGGCAAAUGUGUUUGCUUUUUCCAGAGUAAAAAGACAAAAAGAAGCAAGCAUUAGAAAAUACCUCUAGGCUGUGUAAAGACAAUGUUGUACUAGAUGAAGCAGUUUUGAGUUUGGAUGGAUACUUUGGUCUACAGAGACAGACGUACAAAAUACUCUGACUGUACAUUCAGAUCCUCUGUAAGGGAAGUAGUGUCCCUGCUAGUUUAAAAAAUAAAUAAAUAAUAAUGAUGAUGAUGAAAGGACAGUUUCCUAAAUAUAUUCAGUAUUUACUGUUGUUGGACUUUUUGCUUUAGAUUUAGCAGUGUUAUCAAAAUAUGCAAAUUUUGCCCCCUUUUUUUCAUAAGAAGGAAAUCAAAGUUGUUCAGAAACAACCCUCUCCAAACAGCCCUGUUCUUUGUCAAUCUUUAUAUUGCUCCAUUUGAAUGAAGGAAGUUUCUUUUGUAAUUCCAGUGGUCCUUUUAUGAUAUUUAUUCACACAGUUCCAACUUAUUGUUCAUUUAAAGGUUAUUCUAAUGGAAAUAUGAAGGUACCAAUGCAUCAUCUUCAAACCUUAGCAUGGCAAGUGUAAUUUAUUGUCAUCAAUGGCUCCAUUUGUGACAUGAGGCUUUGUUUAUGAUAUUGUUGUACAAGUGACCAUGUUUUGAAAUACAAAAAAAUGGAGAAAAGAAUAUAAGAUGUACAACAAUGGUCCUGCAAAGGAUUUGAAAUUAUGUUGUAUUUCCAUGAAAUAAAAAAUGUCUAACUGAA